GUCAAACUUCGCUAAGCUCCAAGAGGGAAAAAAAGAGAGCUGGUAAAGUUUUUCUCUCUCUCGUCCCCAAAGCUGUGCCUCUGACGGCUUCUUUUGGUUUCCUAUUAGAGUUGCAGUUUUCUUAUAGGCACCAAGAGGGAACACACACCAUCUGGAGAAAUGUUUUGUGGUUUGAUUCCUGUGAUUUUCCUCAAGGAUCUGGCAGGGAAUCGGCUUUCUAUUUCGCCCAUCUUAUAAAGAUUGAGCAACCCUAACUUUCGGUGAUCUGGUUGAAGGAACUGGGGAGGGUUAGGAGAAGGUGUGCUGAUCUCUCUUAAAUCUUAAUGGGAAAUUGCUGGGGGGAUCAAGUCAAGGCAGAGAGCCCCCUGUACUCCACUUCAGGGAUGAACUCUAAAUACAGCACCCAAGAUCAAUCUGGUCGAAGCAGUUCUAGCAGCAAGGUUUCUAUGGCCUCUGUGCCUCCAACGCCUAGAAGUGAGGGGGAAAUCUUGCAAUCAUCUAAUGUUAGGAGCUUUGCUUUCAGUGAACUGAAAACUGCCACGAGGAAUUUCCGACCCGAUAGUGUUUUAGGCGAAGGAGGCUUUGGUUCAGUAUUUAAGGGAUGGAUUGAUGAGAACACAUUUGCACCAGCCAAGCCAGGGACAGGGAUAGUUAUCGCAGUAAAGAGGCUAAAUCAGGAGGGAGUGCAGGGUCACAAGGAAUGGUUGGCUGAAGUGAACUAUCUUGGUCAGUUAUACCAUCCCAACCUUGUAAAGUUGAUUGGAUAUUGCUUGGAGGAUGAACACCGCUUGCUAGUGUAUGAGUUUAUGCCUCGGGGAAGCUUAGAGAAUCAUCUCUUCAGGAGGGGUUCUUACUUCCAACCCCUUUCCUGGAAUCUUCGGAUCAAGGUUGCUCUAGGUGCUGCAAAAGGGCUUGCCUUUCUGCACAGUGCUGAGACAAAAGUCAUUUAUCGUGAUUUUAAAACUUCCAAUGUUCUGCUUGAUUCGAGUUACAAUGCCAAGCUUUCUGACUUUGGUUUGGCUAAAGAUGGUCCAACUGGUGACAAAAGCCACGUUUCAACUAGGGUUAUGGGAACAUAUGGCUAUGCAGCACCUGAAUAUCUUGCAACAGGCCACUUGACCACGAAGAGCGAUGUCUACAGUUUUGGUGUUGUCCUUCUGGAGAUGUUAUCUGGUCGGCGUGCUAUCGACAAAAAUCGUCCAUCAGGAGAGCACAAUCUUAUAGAAUGGGCGAGGCCUUAUCUUUCAAACAAGAGAAAGAUUUUCCGCAUCCUUGACAACCGUCUCAAUGGGGAUUAUUCGCUAGGCGGAGCACAGAAGGUAGCUAUGUUAGCUCUACAGUGUCUCUCCACCGAGGCCAAGUUCAGGCCAAGCAUGAAUCAGGUGGUAUCUGCAUUAGAACAGCUUCAGACUUCCAAUGACACACCAAAGAAUCCCCAACCUGAAUUCAAGAUGGUCAGUCAACACCACAGUAACAGUCCUGGUAGAUCUCCUCGGAAGAGCUUGGAUGUUGCUGUAAAUAAUAAAAUGACUUAUCCUAGACCAUUGGCUUCUCCUCUCUAUUCAUAACACACAAUACAUCAGAAAGUAGCUACAAUUCUUCAAAGCUGCUGCUGCUGCUGCUAUUAUCAGCAAAUAGCAACAAAGUGUAUGGGUGCCUGAUUGUUGUAUAGCUCGUCUCGUCCAAGAAAGGGACUUCGCUACAGUAGUUGACUGUCUUGAGCGUUAUGUAGAAAUAGAAUGUUUUGUUAAAUCCAAGGUGGUUUUCUAUCGUAGUGAUUGUGAGGGUGAUUAUCUUUACUUUCUCGAACUACAGAUGAAGACUUAGAUUUAUGUUAUCUUAAGUCAGUUUUGCAAUCUGUUCUCUUGAACAUACUCCACAGAAUUCCGAUUUCUCGCUUUGUUCUUCGGGGAA